CCUUUUUUUUUGUUUGAGGAACCUUAUUUUUCUUUGUAAAACUUUUUAGCAUCAAAAGGAAUUUGAAAAUGCACUCUUUUAUACGUUCUUCGUUUUCAUGUCUAGUGUUAAUCCUUCUAAGUUUAUUUGCUAUACCGUCAUUCUGUGUAGAAACAUACAAGAUCGAAGGAAAACUAGUUCCUAGCUCGACAUUAAAAGAUUUAUCACAACUUGAACCAACAACGAAGAUUAUAUUGGAUGGAGGAAAAUACUCUGCAUUAAUUCGUAAGAAUGGAAAAUUCGUAAUAGAUGAUGUACCACAAGGAUCUUACUUGUUGGAAAUUUCUUCAAAAAAAUUUAUAUAUCCCAAGAUAAGGGUUGAUGUUGACUCAGAAGGAGUUAAACCUUUUGUAACAAUAAUAGGUAGUGAAUGGAGUAAUACUGGACCUUCUUUACAAUAUCCAUUAGAAUUAUCUGCUAGAUCUACGUCAGAAUAUUUUAUGGUUAGAGAUGGAUUUAGUAUUGCGAGUUUAUUUGCAAAUCCGUAUAUAAUUAUGAUGGGUUUCAGUGUAUUAUUAUUAUUUAUUAUGCCAAAAAUGAUGGCUAAUAUGGAUCCAGAUGCCUUAAGAGAACUUCAAGAAAAUCAAACGCAAAAUCCAUUAGCCGAAAUGCCUGAUCUUUCUUCCACUAUAGCAAAUUUCAUGUCAGGUGGUAAUAAUAAUAAUGCUAAUGCCGAAAGGAGAAGAAACUAAAUUUUUAAAAGGUUGAAUGUUUAUGUUCUUAUUUUAAUGAUUCACAAAAUGGUAAAUGAAAGUCUACAGCCAAGUUUGAGAAUAUGUUAGGGUCAGGAUGGUAUAGUUAUCAUAAUGUGUCAUGGCCUUUGUUUUAUUUUUGGUUCUUAUAAAUUUUUUUUGUAAAAAAUUUUAUUUGUCACUACACCCUGUAUUUAAUGUAAGUGUAUAAAAUAAAACGCAUAUUACUCAUGUUUUUAAAUAAUAGAAGGAUCAUAUAUAAAAGUCAAUCUUCAAAGUUAUUGAAUAGAUUUUUUUAUACAAUUGAAAGACAUGAUAUUGGACCAUUAUG